AGGUUGAAGAUGUAGAAGGAAUUCCCAGAAUUGCCAAUCCUGUUCGUUAUUCAUAUGAAGAUUUUUCAGACCAUAGAUCAUCGUCUUAAACUUCAUUGCGAAGUCUUGCUGUUUCAUGAGCCUGAAGAAUUCAUUUUAGGUCUUGUUAAGGCUGUACUGCUUGUUAAAGGAGGUUUAAGAGAGUAUCAGGGUAUUGUUGUUUUGUCAAGCAGGAAAAUAUAUAUACUAGAAAUAGUAGGACCGGAGGAUGAUAGCCCUCAAACAUGGUUAGAGGAAAGAUUAUCUCAUAAUGUGUCAGAGGUACGUGUCAUCCAUAGGCCUAUAUUCAGCGACAAGGAGUAGGACUAACCCUUGGAGACAGUAUGGUAUUGAUUUCUUUAGCUGAUUCUCACCGGGCUAAUUGUUUCUUCAACUUCUUUUUAGAAUCUUUGGAGGAAUAUGGGGUAAACCCAAGCAUUGAAGAGUGCAGCCCUGCCCAAGAGGAGUCUCUGACCGAGAUGAUAAAAGAAACUCAGAUAUCAGUGGGAGAGGAAACUAGUCUCUCCAUGUUUGCUAUUGUUUCCCUCUUGCUAGAUGGAGGAUGCAGUGAAAGCCAGUUUUUAACAAUGACUGCCACAGAUCUUUUCCUCUUCCAUGCUAACUUGGAGUGGUAUAUGCCUCCCUCUCCUGACUCAAAGCUCAAGCUUAAUAUUACACAGAAAAUUGCUAACAUAAUUUCCAUUGUAAGUAUGAGGUUAGGCCUAUGUAAUUUGUGAAAUCACAUUUCUUAU